CCCGGCCGCCAACCCGGGGGGUUGUGACAGUCGGCCGACCAAGAUUAAGCCUCUCCGGGUCGAACCUCAACCCCCGAGCCAAGCACCAUCGGCCGACGCCACCGCCGCCGCGCCACCGCCCGCACCGCCACCGCCCCAUACACGCCACCGCCGCCGCCGCCCUCUGUUACGCCGCCGCGACUUUUACCGGCCCGACGAGUUAAGCUCCGAGUCCCGGGGCAUAAGCCAAACGCGAACCGGAUACGUCACUCGUACAUAAUACACGCAACAAUCCGAUUAUUUUCACGCGCGCGCCGCUCGAGAUAUUUUUUCCGUUUUUCGAGUUUUCAUUGUUUUACCUGCUCGUGUCUUCGCGUUUCCGUGCCCCGUGCCGGUUUUCCCAGUUUUGUCAGACCUGUGAUUUUCGAUUUCAUGUAUGGUACAAUAUAUUUAUCUACCACACGACCCGCACGCUAUUCCCGCAGUGCGUAAUAUAAGGCGAGGCGCCUUUGCGUCCUUCUCAAAGGUGCCAGUUUUUCCAUAUUUCGUAUCGUAUUGAAACCAACCCGUUUGCUGCACAUAUCACUUAAAGUUAACUGUCGUUAAUAUUUCAAUAGUAUAUUAUCACACCGUUCCGGUUACGAUAUUUGCGUACAAUAGUAUAAUAUUUAAGAUUCAGACUAAAAAUGAACCUAACCACAACUGAUGCAGAUCGAUCAUUCAUUUCAAUUCAACAAUCUGCACAACCUAUUUUCUCAUUAUCUGAUCCAAGGAUGGGCAGUAUUCAUUUAAAUGCUGACAGUGACAAUCGAGACACGGACUCGAGUUAUUCCAUGCGGGACAGGCCGCUGUCGCUCUGCAUGUCGGCCGCUUGUGCCGCCCAACAGGUACCGGUGUCCGCGUCCAGAACGCCGCCGACGUCGGUGGCCACGACCGCGGGACAUUACGCGGCGGCGGGUGGCCAGGCCGUAGCCAAGACCAAGACACUGGGACUGACGUGCGUCGUGUGCGGCGACACGUCAAGCGGGAAACACUACGGCAUUUUGGCGUGCAACGGUUGUAGCGGGUUCUUCAAGAGGAGCGUCCGGCGCAAACUCAUCUACAGAUGUCAAGCGGGAACCGGGAGUUGCGUAGUGGACAAGGCACAUCGUAACCAAUGCCAGGCGUGCAGGCUGAAGAAAUGCCUUAACAUGGGCAUGAAUAAGGACGCUGUUCAAAAUGAACGUCAACCAAGAAACACGGCAACCAUACGUCCGGAAAAUCUAGCUGACAUGGACCACGAACGAGUGAUUCGAGAAGCGGCUGUUGCAGUCGGAGUGUUUGGGCCAUGUCUUUACAGACCCCCGGUUUCAGUGGCGUUAGCCUUAUCUCCUCUGAGGUAUCAUCCCAACGGACCCAUGGCACCGCCGAGCAUACAGCAACGGCCCACGGAACCGUCGCCGACUGCAUCUUCGUCACCGAAACAAGAAUCUCACCACGACGACCAAGACGAUGACGACAGUAUAGACGUGACCAAUGAAGAACCGGAUACGUCUGACAACAACAAAAGGGCCUCGUCUUCGCCACCGGCAGUUCCGAUUCCGCUUACCCAACACCAUUCGAUGUACGACCAUCAUCCGUCAUUCUACCCCGGUCUACAUGAGAACGUUUACGAGACUUCCGCUCGUCUGCUUUUCAUGGCCGUCAAGUGGGCGAAAAACUUGCCGUCUUUUGCGUCUCUUCCGUUCAGAGACCAGGUGAUACUCUUAGAGGAAUGUUGGUCGGAAUUGUUCCUGUUGAACGCGGUUCAGUGGUGUUUGCCACUGGAAAACAACCCACUUUUUAAUCCUUCAGAUCACGUGGCGGCCAUACCCAACGGAAAAGCCAGCCAAGUGGCGGCCGACAUACGCGUACUCAACGAAACCCUGCGCCGGUUCAGGACCAUCAGUGUCGACCCGGCAGAGUUCGCGUGCAUGAAGGCCAUCGUUUUGUUUAGAGCCGACACACGGGGAUUGAAGGACCCAAUACAAGUUGAGAACCUGCAGGAUCAGGCUCACGUCAUGCUCGGUCAACACACCAGGAAUCAGCACCCGGGCCAGCCUGUCCGGUUCGGCAGACUGCUUCUCAUGUUGCCGCUGCUGAAAAACGUGCCAGCCGCCCGGAUCGAAGCCAUAUUUUUUCAACGAACCAUCGGCAACAUACCGAUGGAAAAAGUCUUGUGCGACAUGUACAAGAACUAACAACGUCGCCGGUCAACGGAUAAUAAAAUUGAUAACCCAACACACAACUCAUGAUAACAUCAUGAUGAAUAAUGCAAUAGGCUCUACCUUGUGGCUUGUACAGUUGUCUAGACGAUAUACACACUUGAUUGGUACUUUGCGGGUGGAAUAUAGUUUGUUCAUCACUCGGCACUCAUUGUAUUAUGCCAUACCAUCCAAACCAAUUCACAAGAAUAUUAUAACGUACUUACCUAAAAAAAACAUAAUAAUACUCAUAUCUAUUAAAAACGUGUUUGGAUUUAAAAACAAAUUAAUUUUUCUAUUAUUAAAAAAAAACUUAAUGUGACUGCUUUGAAUUUCAGUGAUAAUUUCCACUUAACCAUUGAUUUCGUGAUAUAAUAUGAUAAUGAUACCUACCUAUAUAUAUUGUUGUAGGUAUGAGGUAAUUAAGUGGCAUACCCAGGGAGGCUGCAACAGCCCCAGCUAUUUCAAAAAAAUUUCAAAAUCCUUUCAUUGUUCUGUGAAAGUAUUAGGUAAUUACAUGAGACGCAACUCAUGUAUAAAAAAAUUAUAAUUUGUAAGAAGGUUGCUGCUGGUAAGUCUACAACGGUAUACAUCACAGCGGUUCUUUUUGUAUCCAAGCUAUACGGAACAAAUUUUCAAACUGUUCGCUUACGAGUAGUAAACGGUGUCAGAUCUAUGAUAUGAUUUUCAAAAAAAUGUUUUGGUACCCAAGUUAUUAUUUGUAACUACCUAUUUCAAGUUUAGGAGCUACAAGUACAACUAACCUAAAUAAAAACUAAAUAAUUGUGAAAAAAAAAAUGUUUUCCUCAAAAAGUAAAAUUAAAUAAUUAUUUAGUUAUUUUUUAUGUAAAAAUGUUUUAUUUUUAUUAUUAGGUAUGGUUUAUAUACCUAUACUUCAAUGGGAAAGUUGGUGGAUCUCGAUAUCGCCAUCCAUUUUGGUAUCCUAUUCAGUCUCGAAUCAUUCUAGUGAUAACCGUACGCAUGUUUAUUCACUUAAUGCAUACCUAAUGUUAAGUGUUAAAAUUAAAUUUUUCUGGACAAAAAAAUUAUUUAUAAUUAUGUCUGUUAUCUAAUUAUAAAUAAUUUAUUUCGCGAAAAUUACAUUGCGUACCACCUGUGACCUGUUAAGGACCGCUGGCAUACCUAACUUGUGAGUUGUGACGGAUUCUAGUUAAGCUUCCGCUGUGUACAAAAAAUUAUCCUCCCAUCACUAACGCAAAUUCCUAACUUUACCACUGCAAGGUAUAAUUAUAAUAUGACAGUAUGAUACCUACCAUUUACCAACGAGAACGUGACUCUUACAAUUUUUAUUUUGUCUGUAUCUGUCAUGUAAUAUUAAUAUAUUAUUAUAGCCUAUGGGUAGUUAUUAUAAGUAGGUGCGUAUUUUACAUGCACAUAUCGAAGGAUUUCAUUAUUAGCGAUAUAAUAGGGUAUAAAAUAGAUGGCAAAAUUUGCUAUACAUAAAUCAAAUCUGUAGCUAAUCAACAAAUCGAGUCUGUUUAGAUCAUUCAGUAAAAACAUCAACUACUUGACCCGUAUUAUUAUUAUACCUGUUAUAGACUGGUAUUAUUGCACUAAUGCACUAUGAUGCAGUAUUAUUAGUUAAUGCUUUAAUGGUUAUUAAAAAUACCUUUUAACUACAAUUUCCAAUUUUCCUACAAUAUUCACUAAAGAGUAUACACCCUUUUUAAUAGGGUAUUAGGUAUCUAAAGAGUUGUGUACAAUUAUAAUGUCAUAAUAAUUAUGGAUAUAUUUAAUUCUAAUAGCAGUUUCUUUGCUGGAAAUUUAAUGUCCUAAAAAGCCUAAACAAAUUUUAAAUAAAAAAAGCCAUACAGGACUGCACGAUUUCAAGCCUUCUAUGUGUUUUAAUUUAAAAAAAAAGAAUUACUUCUCUACCGAUACUCGCGUUCGAAAAAUUUCGAUUAAUAUUCGGUUUAAUUAACAGGCUUGUUAGGAAGUUAUUAAAUUACUUUUUAAAAUAAAAAUAGAAAAAUAAAAUUCUGGAUUUUGAUAUUAAAUUUCUAAAAAUGACUUAAAAAUUGAAAACUGCCAUUAAAUAAAAAAUAAAAAAAGGUCUUAUUCUGCUUCAAAAAUACAUGAAACAUAAAACAUUUACUAUGGGUAAGACGAGUAUCGUAAAAAAGCAUCACACAACUAGCAUUGAAAACAAUGCAAAGUGUAUCAAAAUUUCAACCCUAAUUAUAAACUUAUAAAAUAGUUAUAAAUGUGCAACAUAAACUAAACUUACUAUUAUCUACUUGUUUAACCAGUAAUUACAAUUAUAAGUUUACUAGUUUGAUUUUUCUUAACUCACAGUCACAGACUUCUAUAGCUACUAAGUAUCUAUACCUUUUUUUAUAUAAUCCCAUGGCCUAACUGUGUAGAAUGUAAAUAUAAUUGUAUUCUAAUAGAGUAUACUCUGUAUAC